AUGAACGGUCUGUUUGCGAUAAAUAAACCCCGCGGAAGGACAUCCGUCGAUCUUUUAAAUGCACUCAAGAAAGUACUCUGUGACAAUUCCGGUCUCUCGAAGAAAAAAAUAAAGUUGGGCCACGGUGGUACUUUGGAUCCACUGGCCACCGGCGUGCUGGUUGUUGGCGUGAACGAUGGAUGCAAGAAAUUAUCGGAUUACAUAAAAUGUAAUAAGGUUUAUUCUUCGGUCGGUCUGCUUGGUUUUGCGACGGAUACUCAUGAUUCCGAAGGAAAAGUAAUCAAAACCGGGCCCACUUCACACAUUACUAAGGAAAUGUUGGUAGACUUAUUGCCAAAGUUUACAGGAGACUUGAUGCAAAUUCCACCUCUGUAUUCUGCUCUGAGAAUGGAUGGUCGGCGGCUUUAUGAUUACGCACGAAAAGGUAUCGAACCACCGAGAGAGAUACAUGCCCGAAAGGUCAAGAUCCAUUCGUUGUCGUUGUUGGAUUUUACCACCGAACAUGAUUACAGAACACCGACAAGCAAAGCGGAGGAAGAAAAUCCACAUGAGGAUGCACAACGAGUUCGUGACAUCGGAAAAGAGCUCAACAGUGAAGCGCAUGUUGUAGAAUUAGAAAGGCUACAACAAGGGGAUUUCAGGUUAGGGGUGAAUACUAUUGAAUGGAAUGAUUGUUUGAACGCGGAUAAUAUCUAUGAAGUCUUAAAAAAGUACAAUCAGACGCUUAAUAGUAAAAAUCGAGAAAUCUAA